AUGAAGGGGAUUGUCGCGAAUGACCAGGUCUCGAGGAAUCAUGAUAAAACCCAGAGGAGCGUGUUGUUCUUCGACAUCCUCUCGGAGAAAGUAUGCUCUCCUUUCGCUCUCAACAAGCUCACAGUCGCUGCGUCGUACUGGGGCAUGGAAUCUAUUCCUCUGCGACAUGCGUUUGCUUCCUGGAGGAUCGUGAGCGAGAGGAUCAGAGCAGCAAAGCAUUCUCUCAAGUCUGUCCUCAAGUUCUGGCUGCAUGGCGCAGUGAGCUGCUUCCUGCGCGACUGGAGGCAAUUCUGCAUUCGCGAGAUUGAAUUGCGACGGAUUCAAAUGCGAAUCAGCUUGAGGUGGAAAAUAUUUGAGGCGACGAACGCUCUUCGAAUGUGGCAGAAUUACUUCCGACGAGAGAGGAUGAGGAAGUUGAGGGAGAGCGUGAUAGCUUCUCAUACAGCUCUCAGCAUGCAGUCGAGGUACAGCAAGGAGUGGAAGGAGUUCUUCCUGUGCAGCAAAUACAUGGAGCAUGCACGAGCAGCGGCGGCGAAGGCGCUCACACGCAGAAGAAGGAAGCAGAUCCUGAAUUUGUUCUGGCACUGGACGUCGCGUAGCUAUUGGAAGCGGGUGAGGCUUCAUGCCGGUCGGCUAGUCGAGGAGAGGAGGACGAAGAGCUUGAAGGCGAGCGUGCUGGAGACCUGGUUGACCUUCCUUGACGUCAUUUUGAGCGCAAAAUCAUUCUCAUUAACAUCGCAGUCGUCCAACAGAUCGUUCCCUGUAAUAGACGAGGCCUGCGCGGGUCUUGAAAGCCUCCUGUUCGGCCUCAAGAUGCAUGUGGAAAAGGCUCUAAGCCUGAACCAGAGCUGGGAUGAGCCGUUGCUGAACGAGGCGAUCGAAGUGAGGGAGAGGAAUGGAGACGCGGAUACAGCCAAGAAGAUAGUGAUGACGAGCAACCACGUGGAGAAGAAAGGAGAAAAGAAGGAAGUGAAAGAAACAAAUGGUAUCAAAGAGGAGAACACUGUAAAAGAUGCAAAGGAGACUCAGCACGACGAAGUCGGACUCAAGUCUGGGGGAGAAGAUGCUGGGGCAACUGCAGGCAAGAAGCAGAAGAAGGAAUCUUCGUCCUCUACAGAAAAGGAGGACAAGGCAGCCGCCAAGAAGCACGAAGGUGCUGGGCAUGAAGAUGGUUUCGUGACGGCCGACCACUGGCCUGGCUGCGUGCUGAAGAAGACGAACCACGUGGAGCACGAGGCUCUGCAGGAGCUCAUGGGCAACGAGAUGCGCUCUUUUUGCCCUGAGUACCGGGGGAAGGCGGAGGAGGGCGGGCAUGAGCUGGCCAUCCUCCAAGACUUGACAGCUGGGCUGAAAUGGGGAAGCGAACGUUCCAGGAGAGCGAGGUGA